UCCCAUAAUCAGUUAUCUCUUUUGUUUCUCAUUCUCAACAUGGAAAAGCUGCUUCUUCUUUCUCUUCUAUUUUCUUUGGCAAUUAUCACAUGUUCAGCCACUAUCUACACUGUGGGAGAUAACUCUGGCUGGGACAUUAGCACUAAUCUAGAUACAUGGGUUGCUGAUAAGAAGUUCAAGAUAGGCGACGCUCUUCUUUUUCAAUAUUCAUCGACAUUCAGUGUCGAUGAGGUUACAAAACAAAACUUCGACACAUGCAACACAUCCAAAGUGUUAGCAAAUUAUGGAAAUGGAAACACGACGGUGCCAUUAACAAAACCAGGAGACAGGUAUUUUGUAUGCGGAAACAAAUUGUAUUGCCUCGGUGGGAUGAAGCUUCAUGUUCAUGUAGACGAUGAUGGGAAAUCAAUUUCGCCGACUCUGGCACCUAAAGCAGUAGCUGGAUCAGAUCAAAGGACCGCUACACUUCCGGGGUCUCCUUCAACAAAGAAGAGUACACAAUUUUCAAAGGGAGCUGCAAAUCGUGCGCAUAUAGUUUAUAUUGUUCUUCUUGUUACAUUUUUUUAUGCGAUGCUGCAGAUUUGAGCAUGGAAGAAUGGUUACAGAAACUGUUAUAACUUCAUGUUUUGAGUAUGAGUCUAUUAUUUUGCUUGGUUUGUAAAA